AUGAGUUCCUCUGAGCAUGGAGAAAUGUUGGAUGGAGAGAUGCUUCAGAAAGUUAAGAUUGAAAAGGACUCAGAGGAUGCCACGGGUUGCUUUGAGACAGCACAGAAUUUGGGAGAACCAUCCUUGCACAGCACACCUCCAGGCAUCACAAAACGAUCUGCAUCACUGAAUCCAGAGGUUGACCAGCCCAGCAGUAGAAAGAGAAGCAAGGUUUCUUUACAGGCAGGUGAUCCUUCUCAAGAACAAGAUGUUGAAGAGUUCACUAGAUCUCACAGUCAUGGCCCAGCAUCAUCAACAUCCCAGGAAAGGACGCUGUCCUCCUACAGGAAACCCCUUUACAGCAUCUCCCACCGCAUCACAGAGAAAAAAGCUUCUUCCAGCCUGGACCAGCAUAUUCAGAAUGACGCAGGAGUUCGUCUGGGUUACAAUGGUCUCCUGUUCUCAAAGCUGUGCAACUCUGGAGAUCAUAACAGAUGUGAAGCUUCACCAUCAUCUGGAGUCCCAACCUCUACAGACUCACACCUGUACCCUCUGAUUGAGAAGAUGUUCUUUAUCCUUAAUACGCUCAACUCCAGUAUGACACAGCUACACAGCAAGGUGGACUUGCUCUCCUUGGAGGUGACACGCAUCAAAAAGCAGAUUUCCAAGCCUUCGGAGACAGUAAUGGAGUUCCAGCCUCCACCUGAGUACCAGCUCACAAGUGAGGAGUUGGCACAGCUGAUGGAGCAGACAUCCACAGCAGGUGAGCUUGGCUGUAGGCUUCUAGUACAGCUGUUCCCUGAGCUAUUUACAGCAAAGGAGUGUUCAAAUGGCUGUAGCACAUGCAGCAUGGCCAACAAGCGCACUCUUGACUCACUACACCUCCAGCUAAUUCGCAACUAUGUGGAAGUCUGCUACCCACUGGUUAAGAACAGUAACGUCUGGCAGACAGAAUGCUUGCUACAGAUCAAUGACUUCUUCAACCGCUUUUGGGCCCAGAAGGAUAUGGAGAGUGGGCAGGUUUGUGGCAGUCAGACUCCUGUAGGACUUGGUUUUGAGCAGGAGCAUAAUCAGGUUUGUCAUUUUAUUAAUGAGGAUGGUCAAGAUGAGAGACUCUCGCUGGACUCUGGUGAGAAUGACAGUAAAGGUUGCCAUCUUAAUAAUGCCAUAUCUGACCUCACGUUUUGUCCUGAUGUUUCUGAGGACCCUGAUGAUCUCACCUCCCCUGAGGACUUUGUCAUAUUUCUGUUGAACCGUCUUUUCCCUGAAAUUUUUCAAGAAGGGAAAUUGCCAGAGGGUCAUACCAGUGUAGGGAAGAUGAUCCUUAACUCAGACAGACUUGACAUCAUUCGCAAAUACAUGGAGGCAAAUUUCCCUGAUGUUCCAGAGGACACUUGGUUGCACUUAUGUGUCCAGCGCAUGGAGGAGGCAUUGGAAAGUGUUCAGACUCCCGGUGGUGACCAUGACAAUAGCCGUGAGGAAAACUAUGACUCUGCGUGCCUCCCUGAUGAUAUUUCUAUAAUAAAGAUCAAUGACCUGUGUGAGUAUGACAGACCAAAUCGUAGGACAAAGAAAUCUUGGAUGGCGUCAGUCGAUUUCGACAAAAUGGAGAUCCCUCCCCCAGACUUUGAUGUUCCUGAAGAGUACCUGCUCACCAAAGAGCAGCUGAAGAGCAUCUAUGACUGCAGUCUGUCCAUUGGAAACUUUGCCUCCCGACUUCUGGUCCUCAUGUUCCCAGAACUGUUUACUUAUGAAAACGCAAGAAAACACUACAACUGCAGUGGCUCACUGGGGAAAAAGCAGUUGGACCCCGUCCGGAUCAACCUUAUUCGCCACUAUGUCCAGCUGCUUUACCCACGCGCCAAGAACGAUCGUGUUUGGACCCUGGAGUUUGUAGGGAAGCUGGACGAGCGCUGCAGGCGUCGCGACACGGAGCAGCGUCGUUCGUACCAGCAGCAGCGAAAAGUCUACGUCCCAGAGUCUGCGGCCGACACCAGGGAUAUCGUGACCGCCAGCCAAAUCAAUCCGCCUAACUCAGAACGUCUGAAAGAGGACUAUGAAAUUAUCUCCUUACCCCCUGAGAAAAGCAGCAAAGACUUCUGCAAAAUUCCCUUAGAGGAACUCACAGUACCCACACCAGACUUUCCCGUGCCUUCCAUCUACCUGCUCUCAGAUGCUGAGAUCAGGGAGAUAGUACAACAGAGUCUCUCUGUCGGAAACUUUGCUGCUCGACUGCUUGUACGCCUCUUCCCAGAGCUCUUUACCCAGGAGAACCUCAGGCUCCAAUACAACCACUCAGGUGCCUGCAACAAGAAGCAGCUUGACCCUGUGCGUCUGCGGCUCAUCCGCCAUUAUGUAGAGGCCGUGUACCCUGUGGACAAGAUGGAGGAGGUAUGGCACUAUGAAUGUGUGCCCAGCAUUGAUGAGCGGUGCAGGCGUCCCAAUCGGAAGAAGUGUGACAUUCUAAAGAAGGCAAAGAGGUCAAACAGCACUGUCAUGUAUUCCUAACAGUGCUCUGCAAUGAGCUGUCCUUUUUGUAUACUUUACAGAAAAAUGUAUCAUUUGCACAAGUCUGUCAGCUGAAAGGCUAUAUUAAAACUCAUGAAAUGUCCUUGGUGAGCUCCAUGUAGGAUGUGUUUGCAACAUGUAACUGCAGUACCAAACAAUACCGUUUGUCAUAGAGCUCACUGUCAACUGGUAGUAAAGUGUUAGGGUUACUAUUUAUA